CCCACAGAUCACAUACUUGAUUGCAUCGAUCAGAGUCAACUGAAUGUGAACGAAGACGAAAAUACGUAUACCUAGCCUUCGUUCAUAAAGCUCAGGCUACGAAAACCCAGAAACGAAAACAACAAAAUAGUUCAAGUUGUUGCGCUGUUAUUCCCCGUAAAUCUUUCAAAUUUUAACUACCUGUCUUCAAAGAUAACAGAAAAAUGGAGGAUGACGACUUUAGCUUAACACAAUUAGAGAACGACAUCUUUUUGUGCAAAGAAAAACACUACGCUUUGGAGUGGAAUGUAGCAAAUCUUUGGGUUGUUAAGGGUUCUAAGAUGGAUCUGGUUAUCGAUACAGGAAUAGGGCUGUGGGAUUUACCUCAGUUUCUUAAAAGGAAAGGUGUGAUUGGAGACAAGCCGUAUCAAGCAGUUGCUACUCAUGUUCACUUUGAUCACUCAGGCGGUCUAUAUCAGUUUCCAGAGUUUGCAAUCCAUCGAGCUGAAGCACCGGCCAUCCAAAAUGGCGAUCAAUACGAAGCUGCAAGCUUCAUGAAGAAAUCUCAUGUGGCGAAACCACCAAGCAAAGACUGGUCUGCCAAGAACUACCGUGUAAAAGCAGCUCAACCGACGAGGCUGCUUGACGACGGAGACAUUUUUGACCUAGGUAACCGAAAACUUCGAGUUCUUCAUCUUCCAGGUCACUCGAGAGGAAGCAUAGCCCUGCAUGAGGACCAAACCCGAAGUCUAUUCACUGGAGAUAUCAUAUACGAUGGUCCUUUGAUGGACUUUGCACCAUUCAGUAAUGUGUCGCACAAUAUCAGGUCCAUUGAAGCGAUUCUCGCACUUGCUCCAACUGUGGACCGUGUCUAUCCAGGUCACCGUGGAUAUUUUGAUGGAGAUACUUUGAAGCAACUGGCAUCCGAUUAUCUUGCUAGCGCAUCAGGAUGCUUGCAUGGCGUUGGUGCUGGUUGUCUAAAGGCGGCAACUACAGUCUUGAUUAAGGGCAGAAACACCAAUGAUGUGCCGGCCAAGUGUUGCUACUACUCAUGCUGUUGCUGUCUUGUCGAGUCUUUAUUGUGACUUAGAGCUAGUCAAGCCAAAAAAAGUAUUUUUCUUCCAACGAUAGAGCGUCUCAGGUUUGGGACAAUAAAAUCUCCAAUAAAACAAACGCAUCCCCAAAACCAUUAUCCAUUAAUGAUGUCAUUAAAUGGAACACUGACAACAUCAUGUUUUAUUAAAAAUCAUGGUUCUCCCCUUCA